GGAAAUGGAAACCGCACAAAACCGUUUUAGGGGGAAAUUUGACCCAUAAACCCACCAAACUUGACCCGCUUGUAUCUUUUUCAUCCGAGCUCCGUUUUGGAUGAUCUUGGUGUCCCUGGAAAGCUCUUAACGAGCUCUACAUCUCUGUGAUUUUAUAUUUUCCCAUUUCUUUUUCCAUCCGUGCAGUUCGAGGUCGCAAAGUCCAAGACCUUGCCGGCGGAUUUAUCAUCUUUCCGGCGAUUCCGGCAACGAUUUCCUCCGAGUGAGGGUACGUAGGCAGUCUAACGGGAAGGUUAGAUGCAACCAUAAAGCAGUCUAACGGGAAGCUGCUUCUCAUUGGGUCUAAUAUAAAAGCAUCGUAUUGGCUUUUGGCAUUUUUACCAACAAGUUUACACAUUCUUCCGAGAGACAGAGAGAGAGAGAGAGAGAGAAGAGGAGAGAGAGAGAAAAGAUCGAUGAUGGCAAGAGUGGAGGACGUGGUGAUAGUAGGGGCAGGAAUAGCAGGGUUGGCGACUGCCGUGGCGCUCAAGAAAGCUGGAGUUAAAGCGUUGGUGUUGGAGAAAUCAGACGGCCUCAGAACCACCGGUGCAGCUUUAACCCUCUUCCCCAACGCUUGGUGUGCCCUUGACGCCUUGGGUGUUUCCCACCACCUCACUUCUGUUUAUGCUACAAUAAAAAAGGGAUAUGUAACUAACAUUGACACCGGAGAAAUCAAAGAAAUUUCUUUUCCCGCAUCCAAUGGAAAUGACCUAGUUGGACCAAGAUCAGUACACCGAAAAGCUUUACUCAAGGCUUUGGCAGAUGAGUUACCACCAAAUUCCAUCCGUUUCGCUUCCAAACUUACUGCUAUCGAGACCCAAGAACAUGAAGGCUCGUCCAUUUCAGUUAUUCACUUUGGAGAUGGGACAAUAAUCAAAGCAAAGGUUCUGAUAGGCUGCGAUGGGAUUCACUCAGUGGUUGCCCGCUCGUUAGGACUUGCCGAACCAGUGUAUGCAGGUCGAUCAGGAGUUCGUGGCUUGGCUGUGUUUCCUCAAGGCCACGGAUUGGACAAUAACGUGCAGCAAUAUGGAGGACUUAACAGAAAGGCUGGUUUUGUUCCCCUCAAUGACAAAGAGAUCUAUUGGUUCUUUACCACAUGUCUGGCUAAAGGGGCGGAUCCUUCCAAUGACCCGGAAGUUAUAAAACGAGAAGUGAUUGAGAAUUAUGCCAAGGAUCUUCCUCCUAUAUACCUAGACGUUGUACGGCACUCGGAUCUUUCUACAUUGUCAUGGGGUCCACUAAUGUUCAGGUACCCGUGGCAUGUAGUAUUCGGGAACCUAGGGAAGCAAAACAUCACGGUGGCUGGUGAUGCCAUGCAUCCCAUGACACCUGAUUUAGGACAAGGAGGUUGCGUGGCAUUGGAAGAUGCAGUGGUCUUGGGCAGAUACAUAGGGACAUCCUUUGUACAAAAUGGACAAAUCGUGCCAAAAGAGAUGGUUAGUGCGAUUGGGAAAUACGUGGAAGAAAGAAGGUGGCGUGUCGCGCUGUUGAUUGCAGGAUCAUAUUUAUCAGGAUGGAUGCAGCAGGCGGGGUCUGGUGGAGUUCUGAAGUUCUUGAGGGAUACCAUAUUUUACGGGUUCAUUUUCCGUAAACUUGUUAAACUUUCACAUUAUGAUUGUGGAAAACUUGAUUUCUAGCUAGUGCAUUUCAUUGUCCACAAGAAAGAAGACGAUCAAGCUUCCCUCCUCUACGGCAUUAUAUUAUUGAUGACCUUUCAACAGGGAUCGACCUGAGAGGAAUCUAAGAAGAACAGGAAAGAUUUAUGGAACCUGAGAUCAAUAGCUAAAUAAGCAGUAUAUGCUAGUUGUUUUUAAAUGGAAAUAGGCACAAUUUACAAAAACAGUGUGCUUUGCGCUGAAUUCUAGUACUGUAUGAACCAAUUUACAACAAAUAAAACAAUCCUUAUCGAGCC